AAUGCGCGGCUCUGUCCCUCAUCUUCUUUCCUCCACACUUUUCCUUUUUCUCACACACAGCAGUUUCUGCAAGUCCCCAAUCCAGUCGCCGACCAACCCGACCCGAAUACCCACCCGCAAUGCUCCGCCGCUACUCCUGCGGCCUCCUCGGCUCCGGCUCCGUACCCGAACCCGCCGACCGCGACCCGGUCCUCCUAAUCUCGGGCAUCGGCGGCACUAUCCUCCACUCCAAGAACAAAAGAUUCGGGUGCGAAACCCGUAUUUGGGUCCGACUUCUCUUAGCCGAAAUGGAGUUCAAGAACAAGGCCUGGUCCGUGUACAACCCUGAAACAGGAUACACUGAAGUCUUGGACGACAGCACUGAAAUUGUGGUUCCUCAGGACGAUUACGGCCUCUACGCCAUCGAUAUUCUCGAUCCUUCCGCGUUCGUUAAAUGUCUGCAUAUCUCCGACUGUUACCAUUUCCAUGAGAUGAUUGAAAUGCUUGUUGGCUGUGGGUAUGAGAAAGGGACCACACUUUUCGGCUAUGGCUACGACUUUCGGCAGAGCAAUAGAAUCGAUCAAUUGAUGGAUGGAUUAAAGGAGAGGCUGAAAACUGCGUAUAAAGCUUCCGGGGGUAGGAAAGUCAACAUAAUAUCGCAUUCGAUGGGUGGAUUGCUCGUCUCGUGUUUUAUAAGCCUGCACGGCGACAUCUUUUCGGAAUAUGUCAACAAGUGGAUCGGUAUCGCCACUCCGUUCCAAGGUGCCCCGGGAUGCAUCAAUGACACUUUACUCACCGGCCUGCAGUUUGUCGAAGGUUUCAAGAGCUUCUUUUUCGUGUCGAGAUGGACUAUGCACCAAUUGCUGGUCGAGUGCCCGUCUAUUUACGAGAUGUUGCCGAAUCCCGAUUUCAAAUGGAAGAAAGAACCCGUGGUCCAAGUGUGGAGGAAGCACUCCACCGAGGAUGGAGAGACAUCGGCGGAAUUGGAAACGUAUGGUUGUACUCAAUGCGUGACGUUGUUUGAGGAAGCCUUGGCAAACAACGAGCUAAACUAUGACGGGAAAUCGGUUGCCCUCCCGUUCAACACCGCAAUCUACAAAUGGGCUUCCGGCACUCGGAAAAUUCUCGAUAGCGUAAAACUUCCCGACGGGAUUUCCUUCUACAACAUAUAUGGAACUUCAUUUGACACCCCUUUUGACGUUUGCUACGGUUCGGAAUCUUCUCCCAUCGAAAAGUCGUCGGAGAUAUGCCACUCUAUGCCGCAAUACUCCAACGUCGAUGGCGAUGGAACGGUCCCCUCCGAAUCAGCUAAGGCCGAUCAUUUCGAGGCAGUGGAAAGAGUCGGGAUUAUGGCUGACCACCGCGGGCUAUUGGACGACGAGAAUGUGCACAAACUCAUUCAAAAAUGGUUAGGAGUUUCUCCUAAGGAUACAUCAAAGAAGAAGCGAAUAGGAAAAGUGGUGGAUGCAUAGGUAAGUUGCGAUUUCAUCUCAAGGUAGAAUUCAAUAGUUUUUUUUUUUUCAUAGUCCAAGUGUACCACGAUGAUUCGCAAAACCUUGUCCGUACGGGAGAAUAUUUUUUACGAGUUAUGUUGCGCUUAUUGUUGCGACAUUUGAUA